GUCCGUUGUAUUUUUCGAUUAAAUAAAAAUCUCAAAAGAUAACUGGUUCACAAUGUGACAAAUGUAUAAUUUAAGUAGGUUAAUUACAUAACAAUUAUAAAAUAUAUCACAUUUGCAUUAUGAAAUAAGGGAAUUCACGGUGAUAGUUUCGCUAUUUUCAUUAACCUGAGUCACACUGUCUGGCCUGUAAUCAUCAGUCUUGAACAUGACUGUAAAUGAGUCAAAUUAUUUCUGUCCUGUUUUUGGUCAGCUGCUGGUUUCCUGACCCAAUCCAGCCACUUUUUGUUCAGCGCUGACUUGGUGAACAUAGGGUUAAGUUUUCCUCUUCCAGCGUUUAUCCCUCAUAAUGGGAUGUGCCUCCGAGUCGCUCUGCUGGUUUAAGCCGCAGCAGGUCAACAUAUUCAGCGCAAGAGGCGGUGCGACAUGGGCUGAGCCUAUUUGCAGGGAAAUGAGCUGUGGACUGUGAGCUGCUCAGUGGUCGUGAUUUCUCCCGACGAGGAGCUGGUGGGCCUCCGACAGACAUGGCGACACGUGGAAGUGUGUGGCCGACAGGAACCGCCGGCCGUCGGGUGGAUUAACCGGGGAUCGGGGUGAGCGUCGGCGGGCAAGGACCGAACCAUUUUUUCCGCUCCCACUCCUCGGAACCCUGCGAUGCGCUCCGUAGAGGAAGCGGGUUUCGCAGACAUCCGGAAAACGCAUCCAUGCGCCACGGCAGCCCCGCAUCCCGAUAUGCUCCUGACAACACAAAGCCUGGCUUCAAUUAGCUUCAGUUCAGAACCGCACAUGCAAAUCGGCAUGGGUGCGUCAAAACGGUCUUUGCGCUUUGUUUUGUGGCUGAGGCUUCGGAGUGCAGUUCUGCAAUGAGACCGUCGGGGAUGAUCAAGUAAGACUUUAUUGAUACAUAUUUCGACAAUAUGGCUGAUCAGAGCAACAUUCAGUCCGCCGCCUCCAAGAGCAUCCGGCCCUUUAAAUCCAGUGAAGAAUACCUGUAUGCCAUGAAGGAGGACCUGGCUGAAUGGCUGAAGACCCUCUACGACCUGGACGUCACUGCGGACACGUUCAUGGAUGCGCUGGAGACGGGCUGCGCCCUGUGUCGGCACGCCAACACCGUGAACCGCGCAGCGCAGGAAUUCCAGUCGGAGAACCCGGAGGCUGCGAAGUCCAUGAAGGUGCCGUCGAAGGAUGUGGUCUUCCAGUCACGAAACGUGAUCCCCGGCUCGUUCCUGGCGAGGGAUAAUGUCUCCAACUUCAUCACCUGGUGCAGGCAGGAGCUCUGGAUCAAGGACGUCCUCAUGUUUGAGACCAACGACCUGGUGGAGAGAUGCAACGAGAAGAAUUUCAUCCUGUGUCUCCUGGAGGUGGCGCGGCGGGGGUCCAAGUUUGGCAUGCUUGCGCCCAUGCUGAUCCAGCUGGAGGAGGAGAUCGAAGAGGAGAUCCGGGAUCAGGAGAGCCUGCGGGCCGAGGGAGCCGAGCAGGCCGAAGAGAUGAGCUCACCGAGCAGGUGUUACAGUCGGAAGGAGAGCUGUCACAGUGUGGAGGAUGAGGAGGAACCGGAGCCGGAGCCGUACGUCUGGCCGCAGAAGAGAGUUUUAUGCGACAUGCGAAACCUGGAUGAACUGGUCCUCCGGACUCAUGUGAUGGUGCGUGUCGGAGGGGGCUGGGACACGUUGGAGCACUAUUUGGACAAGCAUGAUCCGUGUCGCUGCGCUGCGUUCGCUCACCGCUACCACCAGGCUAAAGCAAGUGGUCAAAGCCAGGGAGCCCAGAGCAAGUCCUCCAGUGCCCACUCCUCCCGCUCCACCAGCCCAGGUCCACACUGGAGGAACGAGGGCAUUUCGACUUACAAACCCAACGACAGGCGCUCCUUGGAGCCUCUCUCUGCUCCAAGUGUAUCCUCUUCCUCCUCCUCUUCCUCCACACGACCUGGUCGAUCCCAAAACCCCUGUGUCCGUACGGAGGUGGACGCCGCUGGAGCUCGAACUCUGCUCCCUAAGGCGCAAAGAGAUCGCUCGGAGCCGCGCCACUUUAAUCCUCUCAGGAAUAAAGAAACGUUGACAAGACGUCUCUCCGGAGAUAGUGACUCUUCUACAGCCUCCUCUAAAGGAGGAGGCGGGCGGCAGUCACUCGGUGGCCCUUCACGGCGCUCUGGUGAACAAGUGGUACUGCUUGUCAACCGCAAGGAAGGAAAGCAUAUGAUUGAGAGAGCAGGAGCAGGCAGUCAAACCCCAUCCACACGUUCCUCGACGCCCCGUGCACGCAGCCAGUCGCGGGAGCGUUCUUCGCUUCCACCAGCACUAAAACCCAACCCACCAACAGGAUCUUCUGAUGGUACACGGACGUCUCGAACAGACAGAGGGCGCUCUGUUGGAAAUGAUGGUCCGAGGAGGCUCCAUGUUCCUCGUUCUCACAGCCAGAGUAAGUUAACAAGCAGCACCUUGUCAAGUGAUAGCAGCCCUGCACACUGUUCCUCUCCUCGGACUUCCCAGCGCCCACCUCCAGAAAGACAAGCAGAUCUGCCUAAGCAGGUAGCCCCGUCCUCUCCCAGGGGGGGCGUUGCUUUCAGUAAGAAGCAGCAAUUCUCAUGCAACAACUCGCCAGUCAAAGGAGUCCAAAGCAACAACAGCAGCCCUGUCAAGAAGACUGUCACUACUCCCAGACCCCAAGUGCCCCGCUCACCAUCCACAGGAAAAGGCAAGCUACUACCCCCUGUCACCUCCGGAGGGCGACGUCCACCACACUCAUCUCCUCGUAACUCUAACAACUGUGCUACCCGCUCCUCUCGACUCUCACAGGCUCCUCAAUCAGCUGUUCAAGGCCAGCCUAAAAACAUUUCUCACGUGGAGAACCAGGAGGCUAGAGAGGAUGGGCCUGGGUUAGGAUACCAAAUGCUGCCGCCAUUUGACCCUCAGAUAGAACAGGACCUCUAUCGCAGCUUCGAGGCUGAGUUUCUGUCCAAUUCCCAGCAGGUCAAGGGGAAUUUUACUGGUAAGGCUGUAGGAAGAGCAACGCUGCAGGCAGCACAUGCACUCACUGAGCCUGCUCUGUCUGAUUCUGCUUCUUCUUCCUCUAACUCCUCCACUUCUUCCCUAAAUGUGGGUGCAAAGAUCGGAAGCCUGCCUUACCUCAAGCAAUCCAAGAGGACUAACCUCCAACACUUCCCACCAGAGGACCCUUUAAAUAUACUUUAUGGACAAAAUCUUGGAGAACUUGAGCGUGAACACUGGGGGGACUGGAAAGGGGGUCUCAAGAAACUCCCCGCAAUUUCUAGCUUAGUAGAGAAAAGGGAAGCUCCAGCUUCUUUGCCUGGCCUUAGAGAUUCCAAGUCCGAUGAGCUAAUGAACCAUAUCCCCUCCCAACCUGCUAUAGACAGCAGGAAUAUGAAUGGAGAACAUGGGUGUUCUACUACAGGUGGGCUCUCAGGUCAAAAAUGUCCACUUGACUUGAGCUCAGUGACAGAAGGAGACGUUCCCCUAGAAAAUCACCUGCCUAAUCUACCAUAUGAUCUUGAAAAUGAUGACCCUCUGCCUCCAGAGGGUCAUCUAUCACCCGUACCCCUUGCACCAUCUGAGGACUGCUCUUUCCAGGACUCCUCAAGUGAAAACUCCUCAAUGUCCUUUAGCUUGAGUGAAUCCCGCUCCGGGUCUCCUCCAACAUCCUUAAAAAUAACCAAUGGGGAAAAUGGACAAAGCAAUGAAGUUCCGAUCUCCGAGCACAAACCGGGUGUAAAGUUAAGGCCUCGUACUGAUGACAGGCUGCAGAACACGCCCUCACGAAUCCCCACACCUGUCAGACACAAAAAUGUUCACACUAACAAAACUCUGUCCCCUUGCAAUACGCCGCCGCUGUCACGUAAGACCGCCCAUCCUGCUUCAUGCAAGAACUUGCACCAGAACUUCACAGACAUAAUCCAUCCUCAGUCUCACUCUCCAGCUGUAGGCAACAAAGACUGCUCCUACGCUGCACAGGGAAGCCUAGACACUGAAGCUAUAGCACAAAACUGACUGCUGCAGCAGGCUCUUUGACUACUGUGUAAUUGAAAAAAAGACUUACGUUUGGGCUAAAAACUGUUGUCACUGCAUGUUAAACAACUUUUCAUUAAGGAUUUUUUUUUUUUAAAGACACACCGAUAAAAGAAUUGUGGCUGAUGUCUGAUUUCUGAAUUUUAGAAAGCUUUGACCUGCCAAUACUAAUUUUUGUUUAUCAUGAGAAGUUGGUAUUUCAAGUACUCUAAAAGGUAAUGUUAAAAAUACAACAGUUGCUGUAAAACAGGGUUUUAUUAAUGUAAAACACACAUUUUAACAAGCUAAUGACUGUCUCUAUUAUUAUUAGUAACAUUGUUGGUGUAGACUUUAGAUGCUAACACUAACUUGAGUAUUUCCUAAAGGCAGGCAUCAUUUCUAGAACCGACAUUUUCCAUGGCAGACAGAGGUUAAAAACUCAAAUGUGUGAAAAUGAGCAGCUUUACUAUUUGAUGUUUAGCCUUCCUAGUAUCCACUGAAGUAAGCUCUGAGUAAUUUUUUCUUUUUGCCAAUAUGCCAAAAGAUCAUCAAGCCAGGUAUAGAUUGACAUCCUGAUGCGGAAGACUCGUUUCUGUAAUUUAGACUUUUUGCACAAAAUGACCCAAACUUCAAAAUUUCAAAAUGAGCGACAUGACCAGCAGCUGCCGAGGUCUAGUUUUUGGGAAUAGCAUUAGCAGCCAACACGGCUCUGUAAGAAAGAGUUUUGUAAAUUAUUUUAAGUUUGAGUCCUCUAUAGUCAGUAACUUUAGCUCUAGCCCUACGGUUUAACUCGACUUAUUAAUGCUUUUAGUGCCUAUAGUUUGAUAACCUGUCUGCGUUCACCCGGGCUGGUCAAGCUGUAAAUCAUCUGAUUUCGGUCACUAGCGUAUUUCUUGGCGUAUCUCCGUUGUUUUCCUGUUGGGGUCCAUUUUGCUUUUUUUGCACUCAAGCCAAAUCUUUAUUACCAAAGUAAUGGUCUUUAUUUUUAUUAUGACAUUGUUUGCAUGGGGCUGUUUUUGCCAAUCAUAGUUUUUUUUUCUCUCCUAGCUGCACACAUUCUCACAGUUGACAUCCAGAGAUAGAAAGGACAUAUGUGCUGCCAUGUGCUGCACCACAGGGCGGGCAUGGUUAAGUGCCAUGUAUUUGAAGCUUCAGCUUUAUAAAACUGCACUAACACUAAACCAACGGCCAAAUGGACCUUUUUCUUUUGCAGUUGGUCAUCGUCUCUCAGUUUACUUUAGUAGUCAGAAUACUGGUACUAAAGCUGUAGGAUUCUGCACAUUGCUGAUGUUAAUAUGAGGUUUAGUAGAUAAAUACAUACAUUUUACUCAUUGUGUAACGUGCAUACUCAACAACAUAGAUGCAGCUGACCUCGUGAUGCAUAAAUCACCAACUAAUUCAGUCAUCAUAGUCAAGGUUAAUAAUAUUUAUUUAAUUCUCAAUUUCUGUCUAAUUUGGUUAUUUUAAUGCAGAAUAUGCUUUUAAUUUAUACUUUUAAAUGGAUAAAUUAUGAAAAAUAUAAAGAGAUUUGUGUUAAGUGCGUCAUUGUCACUGAAACGGAAAAGUUGAGAGCUCCUUCUUUGACCAAACAGCACUCUGGUGUUCAGCGUUUAAUAUGUGUGAGCAGCAGGAAUCGCACGCUGACGAGAAUGAAUGUGUAAAUACAUGCUGGGUGGGUGUUUUUGUAAAUACAAGGCAUGGAAUAUACAGUUUUAAUGUACAUACGUUGCUGUAAUAAGGCCCAUCUUGCCUUAGCUAUGCAAUUCAUAUAUGGUGUUGGAAAAUGCCUUGACAACUCCCUUUGCCUUAAAUGUUUUGUUUGUCAUGAAUUUAUUUUUGAAUGUUUUUGUAGCUUGAAUUCGGUAACACUAUAGUACCAUAAUUUACUGUUUAUUGUGAAAUAAAUUGAAAGUAUUUAAUGUGAAUGUUUUUAAAAAAAAAUUGAAGAACAUUGGCUACUUUAAUUGUACAUUAAAUUUGAUGUAAAGUUACACUCCAUGGGAAAUCCUAACGUAUUCCAUCCUGACUGUGGUGGCAAUUAAACAAGCUGGUGGUGACAUCUAGUGGCUAAAAGAGACAUUUGUUGUAUUUUUUUCCUGCACAUGCUUAUAUUGUCAUGAUCUGGCGCUAAUUAGAACCAGUAAGAAUGGAAUGACCCAAUGGAAACAUUGACGCAAGGCGCUAACUUGAGCGUCUGCAAAGGGCUUGAAUAAUUGAUGGUGUAACUGGAUAUGGAGGUUUUCUUUUGUUUUCAAGCUGCUGUUGCAUCGGUACAGGACACCAGACUCCAGAAACAACUACAGUACUGUUUUAUGUAAUCAAGAGGUGCAAAUUUUGUCAAAUGAAUUUGAAAGUAUAAAAGUUUUUGCUGAGACUUCAAAACAUCGUAUAUUGAGGGUUUUAGUGUGAAUAAAUGUGGAAUAUAUGCAUGUUUUUGCAGCACACUGUAAGUGAAUGGGCUAAAAAGAAAGUGUAGAGAUUGUGUGCAUGUAUGUAUGUACAUAUGGUAUGGUAAUAUGUAUAGAGUUGGAGUAAAGAAGGAAAGGAUGUUGAUCUAAUUUAUUUAUUUAUGGCGUCAGCUCUGACUGGGCUCAGAUGACCUCUGUGUCCAGUGGACUGAAGGUGAACGGGGUUUGGAGAAUCCAGCAACGUGAGGAAAUCUGUUGAAAUAUUGCCACCUACGAAAAUGGAACAACCCUUUUAAAAAUGAAUAUUUGGCUUAGUUUUUAACUUUUGAAGAUGCACAUAGCCUUAAAUAAUUUAGUCUGCGUCAGUCUUGUUGGAGCCAUAGGUUUUUACUUGUAUAAACUUAUUAUCUAACUUGUUAUCUAUGUUUUAAUUUGUUGAAUUUCAAAUUUGUUUUGAUGCGUUUAAAUAUCAAUUUUACUGGUAGUCUAAAUCUACCAGCUACAUAAGCUGUGACAUCAAGAAAGCAUGAAAAAAUUGUUGACAUUCAUAACUUAUUAUUUAAGUUUAAAAAGCCUGCUUUUUGUGCACACCGUUUUAAAAUGUCAUGAGACUCUCAGACUCUCACUUGUCUUUAAUCUAAAUCGGUGAAAUCUGAAUGUUUGUGAUGUAAUGCCAUUUUACCAAAAAAUAAAUAAAUGAAUGAAGAAAGAUGUACAGAUUGCUUGAUCUUGUGUACUAUGUAAGUACACAAAAGCGAUACUGAAAUAAGUUUUUUUUCCUUCUAAUUCUUAAAAUGCUUUCAAGUUGUUCUUGUAAUAAACACUUUUCUUCUGAAA